CACACAUCAUCAGCGUUGCGCGCGGAUCACAGCAGACAGAAGGAGAGAAGGAGACAGGCACUUCAGCGCUCCUCUCACUUAAAGUUAUCAGUUCAUCCAGAUGUUACCUACGUACAGCUGGUGAUUCUAACUUUUAAAAAGGCUUUACUUCUGUGUUUAAUUAGAAAAAAGUUAAAUGUCUUUGUGACGUGGAAAAUGUCUCGGUGAGGAGCUUUUUACGCGCGCCGCUGAAAUGGAUCACGGGCUCUCCAGAGGCAGCUGGGUAUCCGUCACAAGCAUCGUUGUGUCCCUGCUUCUGUGCGCUUGUGUAGUGGAUCUGGUUCUUGCGCAAAUUCGCUACUCUAUCCCUGAAGAGCUGGAUCACGGAGCUUUUGUGGGUAACAUCGCUGAAGACCUGGGCUUGGAUGUGGCCAAGCUCUCAGCACGUCGAUUCCGAAUCGUCUCGGGCGCAAAGAAGCAGUAUUUAGAAGUGAACCUGGAGAACGGCAUCCUGUUCGUGAACGAAAAGAUUGACAGAGAGGAGCUGUGUGAGCGAAGCCUAAACUGUUUUCUGCACUUACAAGUGGUUAUUGAAAACCCUUUAGAACUGUAUAGAGUGGAGGUGGAGAUUUUAGACGUGAAUGAUAACUCUCCCACUUUCCCAUGGAGCGAGUUUAAUCUUGACAUCACCGAAUCGGCGGCUCCUGGCUCCUGUUUCCCGUUAGAAAGCGCGCAGGACCAGGACGUGGGUGCCAACUCUCUGCGCUCCUACCAGCUAAGCGCAAACGAGCACUUUGUCCUGAACAUCCAGACGCGUAAUGACGGCAGCAAGUUUGCGGAGCUCGUACUGGACAUCCCGCUGGACCGGGAGCAACAGAAGAAGCACGAAAUGGUUCUGACUGCUUUUGACGGCGGGUCGCCGGAGCGCUCUGGCACCGCGCUGAUAACUGUCACGGUAUUAGACGCAAACGACAACGUGCCAGUAUUCGAUCGCUCAGUUUACCGAGCAAGUCUGGUGGAGAACGCACCAAGAGGGACUCUGGUGCUUAAACUGAACGCCACGGAUCUGGACGAGGGCGCAAACGGAGAGGUGGUCUACGCGUUUAGCGGGCACGCUCCGCUCAAAGUGCGCGAACUGUUCACCGUGGACCCUUAUAGCGGUGAAGUCAGGGUGAAGGGCAUUGUGGACUAUGAGAAAGCCAGUGUGUACGAGCUGUACGUGCAGGCGAAAGACAGGGGACCCUCUGCUGUGGCGGUGCACAGUAAAGUGCUCGUGGACAUCCUGGAUGUGAAUGACAACGCGCCUGAAGUCAUCCUCACAUCAGUGUCCACACCAGUGCAGGAGGACGCGCCACCGGGCACGGUGAUAGCCGUGAUUAGUGUCAUGGAUCGGGACUCGGGAGAGAACGGGAACGUUGAUUGCCAAAUUCCUAGCAGCGUCCCGUUUCAGCUCCACUCAUCCUUUAAAAACUACUACACCCUGGUGACUAGCGAGUUUCUCGACAGGGAAGCAGUGUCUGAGUACAACAUCACCCUCACUGCCCGCGAUCUGGGCUCCCCCUCGCUCUCCACAAAGAAAACCAUCCUUGUCCAAGUGUCUGACAUUAACGACAACCCCCCGCGGUUCUCUCAACCUUCCUACACCGUCUAUGUGACCGAGAAUAAUGCCCCGGGCGCUUCCAUUUGCUCAGUAACUGCAUUCGACCCCGAUUCUAACCAGAACGCCUAUCUGUCUUAUUCCAUUCUCGAGGGUCAGAUUCAGGGCAUGCCAGUGUCCACUUAUGUUUCCAUCAACUCCGACAACGGCAACAUUUACGCACUGCGCUCUUUUGAUUAUGAACAACUUAGAAACUUUCGGAUUCUGGUCCAGGCGCAGGACGCGGGUUUUCCUCCUCUGAGCAGUAAUGUCACUGUUAAUGUUUUUGUUCUGGAUCAAAAUGAUAAUUCUCCUGUUAUUGUAUCCCCGCUGCCGAAAAACGGGAGCGUGGCCACAGAAGUGGUUCCGCGCUCAGUGGACGCUGGAUAUCUGGUUACUAAAAUAACGGCGCUCGACGCAGACGCGGGUCAAAACUCCCGACUGUCAUAUCAGGUGCUGCAGGCGACAGAUCCGGGGCUGUUUAGUGUGGCUCUGUACACGGGGGAAAUCCGGACUAUCCGACGCUUAAUGGAAAAAGACGCAACAAGACAAAGACUGGUCGUAUUGGUCAAGGACAACGGACAGCCGCCUCUCUCCGCCACCGUGUCUAUUGUUCUCUCUGUAGUAGACACCGUUCCUGAGUCGCUGUCAGAUUUCGGAGACCUCACACUCAGCCCGCAGCCCCCUUCAAACCUCGCCCUCUACCUGAUAGUGUCACUGAGCACAAUAUCUGUAAUAUUCCUGGUGGCGAUCAUCGUCCUGGCGGUGGUGAAAUGCUACAAGGACAGGGAGACCUUCAGCGGAUACAACAUGCCACCGUUCGCCUGCUGCUGCUGCGCAGGCUUCCAACCCGAGCCGCCCCCGGAGGUGUUCAAAAAAUCCAACCUCAACCUGCAAAUUUCAUCUGCGGCCAAAGUGCCGACCAACUGCACGGAGGUAAAUGGAAACAGCAGUCUGUCACAAUCAUACUGUUAUAAAGUGUGCCUGACGCCCGAAUCAGCCAAAAGUGACUUUAUGUUCCUGAAGCCGUGCAGCGCGAGCGGCACACCGAGGAACAACGAGGCGACGAGCGCGGACAGCUCGUGGAACGCGCAAAGCCGGAGCGCAUCUGUGAACAACGGAGCCACGACUCCCUGUGAGCUGAAGCAGCCAAAUACAGACUGGACUCUGACAAAGAAUCAGAACUCCUCCAUUAAGAGUUACAACUCUAUCAACAUGGAUGGCACAUUAAUGCAUAAGACCAUGCAUGCAGAUCCAGAAAACUAUGUCACCUCCAUGGGACCUGGACAGUACUGGACCUGGGGCACUCACAUGAAAGGGAUGAAAGAUUAUAAAAUGUCUCCUUCUGCUAGUGGGGCACCAUCUCGCCCAUGGUCUCCCCGAUGCACACCACCACCACAGCAACAGCAGCCUUCACUUCCUUCCCAUCCUCACCCUCACCCACCACCAGACUACCACCACAACGUGUACAUCCCUGGGACACCAUCAGGCUUUUGCACCCUGAGGCCUGCAGUGCAGAAAAGUGAGCUAGACGUCCACAACUCCUUCUCAACCUUCGGAAAGAAACGACGUCUUCAGAUGUCCCCCCAGGGAGAGGCUGUGAGGAUAAAUAAUGACUUGUACAAUGUGUGGCCCUGCGCUUUGUCCGUGACGCGGUACUCCAUCGCCGAGGAGAUGGAAAAAGGUUCUGUUGUGGCAAAUCUGGCAGCGGAUUUGGGACUUGAACCUGGAGGUUUGGCACAGCGUGAGGUAAAACUUGACAUUUUCACCAACAAAAAAUAUCUCGACGUCAACAAGCAGACGGGGGAGCUGUACAUCGCGGAAAAACUGGACAGGGAAUAUCUUUGUCUCGCGAAAACAUCCUGUUUCCUAAAGCUGGAUGUUGUCAUACAAAGCCCGUUGCGCAUAUUCAACAUUGAGCUCGGUAUCACGGACAUAAACGAUAACGCUCCUUAUUUUCGUCGGGACAGAGUAGAACUGGACGUGUCGGAAUCGGCGACGCCAGGAGAGAGAUUCUCCCUGCCCAACGCCGUGGAUCCAGAUGUUGGCAUAAAUACAAUAAAAACAUACAGAUUGAGUUCCAGUGAGCAUUUUACGAUAGAAAUCCAGACAGGCAGCGACGGAACUCAAUAUGUAGAUCUGGUUUUGACCAAGUCUUUAGACAGAGAGGUGGAUGCUGUUCAUAAUUUAAUCCUGACUGCGGUGGACGGCGGGGUGCCUGUGCGCUCAGGCACCGCAAACAUUAUUGUUCUCGUACAGGAUACAAACGAUAAUCCCCCUAGUUUUGAUAAACAGGUUUACACACUUAACAUGACAGAAAAUUGUCCCGUUGGCACCUUAGUGAUGAAACUUAACGCGACAGAUCUGGACGAGGGUCUGAACGCAGAGAUCGUGUACUCAUUUACGCUUUAUACGUCGGAAAAAACGCAAGAUAUGUUCGCGCUGAAUCCCAACACAGGAGAAAUAACAGUGAAAGGAACUAUAGAUUAUGAAGAUAUGACAUUUUAUGAGAUGCACAUCGAGGCGAGAGACAAAGGUGCGCAUCCGUUAUUGGGGCAGUGCAAAGUGGUCAUCCACGUGACGGAUAUGAAUGAUAAUUAUCCUGAAAUCACCAUACAGUCUGUUAAAAACACAGUGGGUGAAAACAUUCCUGUGGGAAGUGUGAUUGCUUUGCUCGGCGUAAGUGACAGAGACACGGGCGACAAUGGAAAAGUGAGCUUAUCCUUAAAUCGGAACCUGCCUUUUAUUCUUAAUAAGUCGUCAGAUAGGCCCAUGCAUUACAACCUCAUCGUUUCCGAACCGUUAGAUCGAGAAAAGGUGCCAGAAUAUGACAUCACACUCACUGUGACUGACGCAGGGACACCACCUCUAUCAGAUAAUGAAACAGUAAGUGUGCAUUUGAUGGAUGUUAAUGACAACGCGCCUCAGUUCCCUCAGUCAUUUUACACCAUACGUGUGAUGGAGAAUAACGCACCUGGAGCUUUGCUCAGUUCCCUCACUGCGUUUGACCCUGACCUCCAUGAAAACCAGUAUCUAGUUUAUUUCAUCGUAGAGAAGGAGAUAGCCAACACCUCCAUGUCCAUGCUGUUCUCCAUCAAUCCAGAGAACGGUAAUCUUUACGCACUCAAAACUUUUGACUAUGAGAUUGAGAAGGAGUUUCUUUUCCACAUUGAGGCCAGAGACUCUGGCUCUCCUCCACUCAGCAGUAAUGUGACCGUCCACAUCAUUAUUGUGGACCAGAAUGACAACACUCCAGUUAUUGUCUCUCCGUGGAGACCACACGGCUCAGUGGUGGAGGAGAAGAUCCCCAGAUCUACUGAUAAAGGAUCUCUUGUUGCCAAGGUGAUCGCCAUAGACACAGACUCAGUGCACAACUCUCGGAUUACCUACCAGUUUCUCCAGGUGACUGAUGCCACCUUGUUCAGUCUGGACCAAUACAAUGGAGAGAUCAGGACCAUGAGGAUGUUCAGUUACAGAGAUCCACGUCACCAGAGAAUGGUUGUUGUUGCCAAGGACAACGGGGAUCCUGCUCUCUCUGCUACAGUCACCAUCAAGCUGUCCACAGUGGAGACUGCUGUUAAGACCUACUCUGACAUGACUGAGGAGCGUCUAGAAUAUGACAUCUUUUCAGACUUAAAUCUGUAUUUGGUCAUCGGUCUGGGCUCGGUGUCAUUUCUUCUACUCAUCACCAUAUUGGUCACCAUCGUGCUGAAGUGUCAGAAAACCACACCCAGCAAAGCAGCUCCACCCUGCAGGAACAGUGUGAUCAGUGAGAGGAACUCCACCAUCGCUGAUUCCACUCUGGUGUCCAACGAUGCCUACUGGUACAGUCUGUUUCUAGCAGAGACCAGGAAAGGAAAGCUGGUGGUUAGACAGCCUCUGCCAAAAGGAUCCAGAUACAUCGUGUCCAGUAUACCAAGAAGCACAGGACUGACAGAGACUAGUGAAUCUGCUGCCUCCACUCUGCAGGAAGUUAUGGAUCCAGUGGGAGAGAGUAAUGCCAAGAUCCAUGUCCAUGAAUUUAUUGAAGAGGUUGAUCGGGUUGAUUGUGUUAAAAGCAGAGCUGAAGUCAAUGAUCAAAGAACGGAUUUAAAGGUAACGAUGCAGCCACACAAAAGGUUCGUGCCGCUCGCUGUUCUUUUGUUCUUGGUGGAUCACAUAUCGGCCUCAGUCACUCAUUACUCCAUACCAGAGGAAUUAAAAGAAGGAUCAGUUGUCGCAAAUCUCGCCACCGAUCUGAGUCUGGAUGUUAACACGCUGAAUGAAAGAAAAAUGCGUCUGGACAUCAUCGCUACCAAAAAAUACCUUGAUGUGAACAAAGAGACUGGUGAGCUGUUCAUCGCUGAAAAGAUCGACAGAGAAAACAUCUGUCCUACAAAAUGGUCGGUGUCUUGCUAUUUAAAACUCGAGGUGACACUCGAAAAUCCAUUGCGUAUAUUCAACAUUGAACUUGAAAUUCUGGAUAUGAACGACAACGCCCCGCAGUUUCGCAGAGACGCCAUCCAUCUGGACAUAUCAGAGUCCACGUCAGCAGGAGAGAGAUUCUCUCUCAGUAACGCUGUGGAUCCUGAUGUUGGCAUUAAUUCCGUGAAAACGUACCAACUGAGCGAAAGUGAACAUUUUAAGAUCGAGGUUCAGACAGGAAGAGACGGCUCGAGGUUUGCAGAUUUGAUUCUGAAAAAGACUUUAGACCGGGAGCAGCAAGCUGUUCAUCAUUUAAUCCUCACAGCUGUAGAUGGAGGAACUCCCGCUCGUUCCGGUACUGCAAGUAUUAUAGUUCAUGUUUUAGACACAAAUGACAACGCACCGAAAUUUGACAAAGAAAUCUAUAAUAUUAAUAUUAUGGAAAAUUCUCCAAUUGGAAGCCUUGUUGUUCAUUUAAAUGCGACAGAUUUAGACGAAGGAUCAAAUUCUGAUAUUACAUAUUCAUACAGUCUGUACACAUCAGAGAAAACACAAGAAACAUUUUAUUUGAAUCCUUCAACAGGUGAGAUUACUGUUAAGGGAGUGUUAAAUUAUGAAGAUUACAAAAUUUAUGACAUGGAAGUUAUAGCAACAGACAAAGGAGCAAAUAGUUUAUCAGGACAAUGUACAUUAAAAAUUCUAGUGGAAGACAUGAAUGACAACCACCCAGAAAUAUCAAUAAAAUCAUUCCACAGUCCAGUCAAUGAAAAUAUUGAUUUGAACACAGUGAUAGCUGUAGUUAGUGUGAGUGAUAAGGACUCAGGUGAUAACGGAGUGGUUGAUCUUCAUAUUCCUGAUAACAUGCCUUUCAAACUGAGAGAAUCCUCUGAUAAUUAUUAUGAAUUAAUCAUCUCAGAGCCUUUAGACCGUGAGAAGGUUCCAGAAUAUGACAUCACUUUCAGUGUAACAGACAGAGGUUCUCCUCCUUUAUCUGACAAUGAAACUAUGACUUUAGAACUGCUGGAUGUUAAUGACAAUGUUCCUCAGUUCCCUCAGUCAUUUUAUACCAUACGUGUGAUGGAGAAUAACGCACCUGGAGCUUUGCUCAGUUCCCUCACUGCGUUUGACCCUGACCUCCUUGAAAACCAGUAUCUAGUUUAUUUCAUCGUAGAGAAGGAGAUAGCCAACACCUCUAUGUCCAUGCUGUUCUCCAUCAAUCCAGAGAACGGUAAUCUUUACGCACUCAACUUUGACUAUGAGAUUGAGGAGUUUCUUUUCCACAUUGAGGCCAGAGACUCUGGCUCUCCUCCACUCAGCAGUAAUGUGAUCCACAUCAUUAUUGUGGACCAGAAUGACAACACUCCAGUUAUUGUCUCUCCGUGGAGACCACACGGCUCAGUGGUGGAGGAGAAGAUCCCCAGAUCUACUGAUAAAGGCUCUCUGGUUGCCAAGGUGAUCGCCAUAGACACAGACUCUGUGCACAACUCUCGGAUUACCUACCAGUUUCUCCAGGUGACUGAUGCCACCUUGUUCAGUCUGGACCAAUACAAUGGAGAGAUCAGGACCAUGAGGAUGUUCAGUUACAGAGAUCCACGUCACCAGAAUGUUGUUGUUGCCAAGGACAACGGGGAUCCUGCUCUCUCUGCUACAGUCACCAUCAAGCUGUCCACAGUGGAGACUGCUGUUAAGGCCUACUCUGACAUGACUGAGGAGCGUCUAGAAUAUGACAUCUUUUCAGACUUAAACCUGUAUUUGGUCAUCGGUCUGGGCUCGGUGUCAUCUCUGCUCAUCACCAUAUUGGUCACCAUCGUGCUGAAGUGUCAGAAAACCACACCCAGCAAAGCGGCUCCACCCUGCAGGAACAGUGUGAUCAGUGAGAGGAACUCCACCAUCGCAGAUUCCACUCUGGUCUCCAACGAUGCCUACUGGUACAGUCUGUUUCUAGCAGAGACCAGGAAAGGAAAGCUGGUGGUUAGACAGCCUCUGCCAAAGGGAUCCAGAUACAUCGUGUCCAGUAUACCAAGAAGCACAGGACUGACAGAGACUAGUGACUCUGCUGGCUCCACUCUGCAGAAUAAAUGCACAGGAACAGAAACAUCUGGAUUAUUUUUGUGCGCAGCUGACAGAAUGGAUCUCCAAGCCGCGGUCUUUGUCUUGUGCGCAGUGUGGCCCUGCGCUUUGUCCGUGACGCGGUACUCCAUCGCCGAGGAGAUGGAAAAAGGUUCUGUUGUGGCAAAUCUGGCAGCGGAUUUGGGACUUGAACCUGGAGGUUUGGCACAGCGUGAGGUAAAACUUGACAUUUUCACCAACAAAAAAUAUCUCGACGUCAACAAGCACGGGGAGCUGUACAUCGCGGAAAAACUGGACAGGGAAUAUCUUUGUCUCGCGAAAAAAUCCUGUUUCCUAAAGUGGAGUGUCAUACAAAGCCCGUUGCGCAUAUUCAACAUUGAGCUCGGUAAGGACAUAAACGAUAACGCUCCUUAUUUUCGUCGGGACAGAGUAGAACUGGACGCGGAAUCGGCGACGCCAGGAGAGAGAUUCUCCCCUGCCAACGCCGUGGAUCCAGAUGUUGGCAUAAAUACAAUAAAAACAUACAGAUUGAGUUCCAGUGAGCAUUUUACGAUAGAAAUCCAGACAGGCAGCGACGGAACUCAAUAUGUAGAUCUGGUUUUGACCAAGUCUUUAGACAGAGAGGUGGAUGCUGUUCAUAAUUUAAUCCUGACUGCGGUGGACGGCGGGGUGCCUGUGCGCUCAGGCACCGCAAACAUUAUUGUUCUCGUACAGGAUACAAACGAUAAUCCCCCUAGUUUUGAUAAACAGGUUUACACACUUAACAUGACAGAAAAUUGUCCCGUUGGCACCUUAGUGAUGAAACUUAACGCGACAGAUCUGGACGAGGGUCUGAACGCAGAGAUCGUGUACUCAUUUACGCUUUAUACGUCGGAAAAAACGCAAGAUAUGUUCGCGCUGAAUCCCAACACAGGAGAAAUAACAGUGAAAGGAACUAUAGAUUAUGAAGAUAUGACAUUUUAUGAGAUGCACAUCGAGGCGAGAGACAAAGGUGCGCAUCCGUUAUUGGGGCAGUGCAAAGUGGUCAUCCACGUGACGGAUAUGAAUGAUAAUUAUCCUGAAAUCACCAUACAGUCUGUUAAAAACACAGUGGGUGAAAACAUUCCUGUGGGAAGUGUGAUUGCUUUGCUCGGCGUAAGUGACAGAGACACGGGCGACAAUGGAAAGUGAGCUUAUCCUUAAAAUCGGAACCUGCCUUUUAUUCUUAAUAAGUCGUCAGAUAGGCCCAUGCAUUACAACCUCAUUGUUUCCGAACCGUUAGAUCGAGAAAAGGUUGCCAGAAUAGACAUCACACUCACUGUGACUGACGCAGGGACACCACCUCUAUCAGAUAAUGAAACAGUAAGUGUGCAUUUGAUGGAUGUUAAUGACAACGCGCCUCAGUUCCCUCAGUCAUUUUACACCAUACGUGUGAUGGAGAAUAACGCACCUGGAGCUUUGCUCAGUUCCCUCACUGCGUUUGACCCUGACCUCCAUGAAAACCAGUAUCUAGUUUAUUUCAUCGUAGAGAAGGAGAUAGCCAACACCUCCAUGUCCAUGCUGUUCUCCAUCAAUCCAGAGAACGGUAAUCUUUACGCACAAACUUUUGACUAUGAGAUUGAGAAGGAGUUUCUUUUCCACAUUGAGGCCAGAGACUCUGGCUCUCCUCCACUCAGCAGUAAUGUGACCGUCCACAUCAUUAUUGUGGACCAGAAUGACAACACUCCAGUUAUUGUCUCUCCGUGGAGACCACACGGCUCAGUGGUGGAGGAGAAGAUCCCCAGAUCUACUGAUAAAGGAUCUCUUGUUGCCAAGGUGAUCGCCAUAGACACAGACUCAGUGCACAACUCUCGGAUUACCUACCAGUUUCUCCAGGUGACUGAUGCCACCUUGUUCAGUCUGGACCAAUACAAUGGAGAGAUCAGGACCAUGAGGAUGUUCAGUUACAGAGAUCCACGUCACCAGAGAAUGGUUGUUGUUGCCAAGGACAACGGGGAUCCUGCUCUCUCUGCUACAGUCACCAUCAAGCUGUCCACAGUGGAGACUGCUGUUAAGACCUACUCUGACAUGACUGAGGAGCGUCUAGAAUAUGACAUCUUUUCAGACUUAAAUCUGUAUUUGGUCAUCGGUCUGGGCUCGGUGUCAUUUCUUCUACUCAUCACCAUAUUGGUCACCAUCGUGCUGAAGUGUCAGAAACCACCCAGCAAAGCAGCUCCACCCUGCAGGAACAGUGUGAUCAGUGAGAGGAACUCCACCAUCGCUGAUUCCACUCUGGUGUCCAACGAUGCCUACUGGUACAGUCUGUUUCUAGCAGAGACCAGGAAAGGAAAGCUGGUGGUUAGACAGCCUCUGCCAAAAGGAUCCAGAUACAUCGUGUCCAGUAUACCAAGAAGCACAGGACUGACAGAGACUAGUGAAUCUGCUGCCUCCACUCUGCAGGUAAGAACUUCAAGAACGGAUUUAAAGGUAACGAUGCAGCCACACAAAAGGUUCGUGCCGCUCGCUGUUCUUUUGUUCUUGGUGGAUCACAUAUCGGCCUCAGUCACUCAUUACUCCAUACCAGAGGAAUUAAAAGAAGGAUCAGUUGUCGCAAAUCUCGCCACCGAUCUGAGUCUGGAUGUUAACACGCUGAAUGAAAGAAAAAUGCGUCUGGACAUCAUCGCUACCAAAAAAUACCUUGAUGUGAACAAAGAGACUGGUGAGCUGUUCAUCGCUGAAAAGAUCGACAGAGAAAACAUCUGUCCUACAAAAUGGUCGGUGUCUUGCUAUUUAAAACUCGAGGUGACACUCGAAAAUCCAUUGCGUAUAUUCAACAUUGAACUUGAAAUUCUGGAUAUGAACGACAACGCCCCGCAGUUUCGCAGAGACGCCAUCCAUCUGGACAUAUCAGAGUCCACGUCAGCAGGAGAGAGAUUCUCUCUCAGUAACGCUGUGGAUCCUGAUGUUGGCAUUAAUUCCGUGAAAACGUACCAACUGAGCGAAAGUGAACAUUUUAAGAUCGAGGUUCAGACAGGAAGAGACGGCUCGAGGUUUGCAGAUUUGAUUCUGAAAAAGACUUUAGACCGGGAGCAGCAAGCUGUUCAUCAUUUAAUCCUCACAGCUGUAGAUGGAGGAACUCCCGCCCGUUCCGGUACUGCAAGUAUUAUAGUUCAUGUUUUAGACACAAAUGACAACGCACCGAAAUUUGACAAAGAAAUCUAUAAUCUUAAUAUUAUGGAAAAUUCUCCAAUUGGAAGCCUUGUUGUUCAUUUAAAUGCGACAGAUUUAGACGAAGGAUCAAAUUCUGAUAUUACAUAUUCAUACAGUCUGUACACAUCAGAGAGAAAACAAGAAACAUUUUAUUUGAAUCCUUCAACAGGUGAGAUUACUGUUAAGGGAGUGUUAAAUUAUGAAGAUUACAAAAUUUAUGACAUGGAAGUUAUAGCAACAGACAAAGGAGCAAAUAGUUUAUCAGGACAAUGUACAUUAAAAAUUCUAGUGGAAGACAUGAAUGACAACCACCCAGAAAUAUCAAUAAAAUCAUUCCACAGUCCAGUCAAUGAAAAUAUUGAUUUGAACACAGUGAUAGCUGUAGUUAGUGUGAGUGAUAAGGAGUCAGGUGAUAACGGAGUGGUUGAUCUUCAUAUUCCUGAUAACAUGCCUUUCAAACUGAGAGAAUCCUCUGAUAAUUAUUAUGAAUUAAUCAUCUCAGAGCUAGACCGUGAGAAGGUUCCAGAAUAUGACAUCACUUUCAGUGUAACAGACAGAGGUUCUCCUCCUUUAUCUGACAAUGAAACUAUGACUUUAGAACUGCUGGAUGUUAAUGACAAUGUUCCUCAGUUCCCUCAGUCAUUUUAUACCAUACGUGUGAUGGAGAAUAACGCACCUGGAGCUUUGCUCAGUUCCCUCACUGCGUUUGACCCUGACCUCCUUGAAAACCAGUAUCUAGUUUAUUUCAUCGUAGAGAAGGAGAUAGCCAACACCUCUAUGUCCAUGCUGUUCUCCAUCAAUCCAGAGAACGGUAAUCUUUACGCACUCAAAACUUUUGACUAUGAGAUUGAGGAGGAGUUUCUUUUCCACAUUGAGGCCAGAGACUCUGGCUCUCCUCCACUCAGCAGUAAUGUGAUCGUCCACAUCAUUAUUGUGGACCAGAAUGACAACACUCCAGUUAUUGUCUCUCCGUGGAGACCACACGGCUCAGUGGUGGAGGAGAAGAUCCCCAGAUCUACUGAUAAAGGCUCUCUGGUUGCCAAGGUGAUCGCCAUAGACACAGACUCUGUGCACAACUCUCGGAUUACCUACCAGUUUCUCCAGGUGACUGAUGCCACCUUGUUCAGUCUGGACCAAUACAAUGGAGAGAUCAGGACCAUGAGGAUGUUCAGUUACAGAGAUCCACGUCACCAGAGAAUAGUUGUUGUUGCCAAGGACAACGGGGAUCCUGCUCUCUCUGCUACAGUCACCAUCAAGCUGUCCACAGUGGAGACUGCUGUUAAGGUCUACUCUGACAUGACUGAGGAGCGUCUAGAAUAUGACAUCUUUUCAGACUUAAACCUGUAUUUGGUCAUCGGUCUGGGCUCGGUGUCAUUUCUCCUGCUCAUCACCAUAUUGGUCACCAUCGUGCUGAAGUGUCAGAAAACCACACCCAGCAAAGCGGCUCCACCCUGCAGGAACAGUGUGAUCAGUGAGAGGAACUCCACCAUCGCAGAUUCCACUCUGGUCUCCAACGAUGCCUACUGGUACAGUCUGUUUCUAGCAGAGACCAGGAAAGAGCUGGUGGUUAGACAGCCUCUGCCAAAGGGAUCCAGAUACAUCGUGUCCAGUAUACCAAGAAGCACAGGACUGACAGAGACUAGUGACUCUGCUGGCUCACUCUGCAGAACGGAUUUAAAGGUAACGAUGCAGCCACACAAAAGGUUCGUGCCGCUCGCUGUUCUUUUGUUCUUGGUGGAUCACAUAUCGGCCUCAGUCACCCAUUACUCCAUACCAGAGGAAUUAAAAGAAGGAUCAGUUGUCGCAAAUCUCGCCACCGAUCUGAGUCUGGAUGUUAACACGCUGAAUGAAAGAAAAAUGCGUCUGGACAUCAUCGCCACCAAAAAAUACCUUGAUGUGAACAAAGAGACUGGUGAGCUGUUCAUCGCUGAAAAGAUCGACAGAGAAAACAUCUGUACUACAAAAUGGUCGGUGUCUUGCUAUUUAAAACUCGAGGUGACACUCGAAAAUCCAUUGCGUAUAUUUAACAUUGAACUUGAAAUUCUGGAUAUGAACGACAACGCCCCGCAGUUUCGGAGAGACGCCAUCCAUCUGGACAUAUCAGAGUCCACGUCAGCAGGAGAGAGAUUCUCUCUCAGUAACGCUGUGGAUCCUGAUGUUGGCAUUAAUUCCGUGAAAACGUACCAACUGAGCGAAAGUGAACAUUUUAAGAUCGAGGUUCAGACAGGAAGAGACGGCUCGAGGUUUGCAGAUUUGAUUCUGAAAAAGACUUUAGACCGGGAGCAGCAAGCUGUUCAUCAUUUAAUCCUCACAGCUGUAGAUGGAGGAACUCCCGCUCGUUCCGAGCCUUUAGACCGUGAGAAGGUUCCAGAGUAUGACAUCACUUUCAGUGUAACAGACAGAGGUUCUCCUCCUUUAUCUGAUAAUGAAACUAUGACUUUAGAACUCCUGGAUGUUAAUGACAAUGUUCCUCAGUUCCCUCAGUCAUUUUAUACCAUACGUGUGAUGGAGAAUAACGCACCUGGAGCUUUGCUCAGUUCCCUCACUGCGUUUGACCCUGACCUCCUUGAAAACCAGUAUCUAGUUUAUUUCAUCGUAGAGAAGGAGAUAGCCAACACCUCUAUGUCCAUGCUGUUCUCCAUCAAUCCAGAGAACGGUAAUCUUUACGCACUCAAAACUUUUGACUAUGAGUUUGAGAAGGAGUUUCUUUUCCACAUUGAGGCCAGAGACUCUGGCUCUCCGCCACUCAGCAGUAAUGUGACCAUCCACAUCAUUAUUGUGGACCAGAAUGACAACACUCCAGUUAUUGUCUCUCCGUGGAGACCACACGGCUCAGUGGUGGAGGAGAAGAUCCCCAGAUCCACUGAUAAAGGCUCUCUGGUUGCCAAGGUGAUCGCCAUAGACACAGACUCAGUGCACAACUCUCGGAUUACCUACCAGUUUCUCCAGGUGACUGAUGCCACCUUGUUCAGUCUGGACCAAUACAAUGGAGAGAUCAGGACCAUGAGGAUGUUCAGUUACAGAGAUCCACGUCACCAGAGAAUGGUUGUUGUUGCCAAAGACAACGGGGAUCCUGCUCUCUCUGCUACAGUCACCAUCAAGCUGUCCACAGUGGAGACUGCUGUUAAGGCCUACUCUGACAUGACUGAGGAGCGUCUAGAAUAUGACAUCUUUUCAGACUUAAACCUGUAUUUGGUCAUCGGUCUAGGCUCGGUGUCAUUUCUGCUGCUCAUCACCAUAUUGGUCACCAUCGUGCUGAAGUGUCAGAAACCUACACCCAGCAAAGCGGCUCCACCCUGCAGGAACAGUGUGAUUAGUGAGAGGAAUUCCACCAUCGCAGAUUCCACUCUGGUCUCCAAUGAUGCCUACUGGUACAGUCUGUUUCUAGCAGAGACCAGGAAAGGAAAGCUGGUGGUUAGACAGCCUCUGCCAAAAGGAUCCAGAUACAUCGUGUCCAGUAUACCAAGAAGCACAGGACUGACAGAGACUAGUGACUCUGCUGCCUCCACUCUGCAGUUUUGCAAACACAAAAGUCUAACGUGCGACUAUUCAACAAGAACGGAUUUAAAGGUAACGAUGCAGCCACACAAAAGGUUCGUGCCGCUCGCUGUUCUUUUGUUCUUGGUGGAUCACAUAUCGGCCUCAGUCACUCAUUACUCCAUACCAGAGGAAUUAAAAGAAGGAUCAGUUGUCGCAAAUCUCGCCACCGAUCUGAGUCUGGAUGUUAACACGCUGAAUGAAAGAAAAAUGCGUCUGGACAUCAUCGCUACCAAAAAAUACCUGGAUGUGAACAAAGAGACUGGUGAGCUGUUCAUCGCUGAAAAGAUCGACAGGGAAUCUCUCUGUCCUUCAAAGGGGUCGGUGUCUUGUUAUAUAAAACUCGAGGUAACACUAGAAAAUCCAUUACGGAUUUUUAAUAUAGAACUUGAAAUUCUGGAUAUGAACGACAACGCCCCGCAGUUUCGCAGAGACGCCAUCCAUCUGGACAUAUCAGAGUCCACGACAGCAGGAGAGAGAUUCUCUCUCAGUAACGCUGUGGAUCCUGAUGUUGGCAUUAAUUCCGUGAAUACGUACCAACUGAGCGAAAGUGAACAUUUUAAGAUCGAGGUUCAGACAGGAAGAGACGGCUCGAGGUUUGCAGAUUUGAUUCUGAAAAAGACUUUAGACCGGGAGCAGCAAGCUGUUCAUCAUUUAAUCCUCACAGCUGUAGAUGGAGGAAGUCCCGCUCGUUCCGGUACUGCAAGUAUUAUAGUUCAUGUUUUAGACACAAAUGACAACGCACCGAAAUUUGACAAAGAAAUCUAUAAUAUUAAUAUUAUGGAAAAUUCUCCAAUUGGAAGCCUUGUUGUUCAUUUAAAUGCGACAGAUUUAGACGAAGGAUCAAAUUCUGAUAUUACAUAUUCAUACAGUCUGUACACAUCAGAGAAAACACAAGAAACAUUUUAUUUGAAUCCUUCAACAGGUGAGAUUACUGUUAAGGGAGUGUUAAAUUAUGAAGAUUACAAAAUUUAUGACAUGGAAGUUAUAGCAACAGACAAAGGAGCAAAUAGUUUAUCAGGACAAUGUACAUUAAAAAUUCUAGUGGAAGACAUGAAUGACAACCACCCAGAAAUAUCAAUAAAAUCAUUCCACAGUCCAGUCAGUGAAAAUAUUGAUUUAAACACAGUGAUAGCUGUAGUUAGUGUGAGUGAUAAGGACUCAGGUGAUAACGGAGUGGUUGAUCUUCAUAUUCCUGAUAACAUGCCUUUCAAACUGAGAGAAUCCUCUGAUAAAUAUUAUGAAUUAAUCAUCUCAGAGCCUUUAGACCGUGAGAAGGUUCCAGAAUAUGACAUCACUUUCACUGUAACAGACAGAGGUUCUCCUCCUUUAUCUGACAAUGAAACUAUGACUUUAGAACUCCUGGAUGUUAAUGACAAUGUUCCUAAGUUCCCUCAGUCAUUUUAUACCAUACGUGUGAUGGAGAAUAACGUACCUGGAGCUUUGCUCAGUUCCCUCACCGCAUUUGACCCUGACCUCCUUGAAAACCAGUAUCUAGUUUAUUUCAUCGUAGAGAAGGAGAUAGCCAACACCUCCAUUUCCAUGCUGUUCUCCAUCAAUCCAGAGAACGGUAAUCUUUAUGCACUCAAAACCUUUGACUAUGAGAUUGAGAAGGAGUUUCUUUUCCACAUUGAGGCCAGAGACUCUGGCUCUCCUCCACUCAGCAGUAAUGUGACCAUCCACAUCAUUAUUGUGGACCAGAAUGACAACACUCCAGUUAUUGUCUCUCCAUGGAGACCGCACGGCUCAGUGGUGGAGGAGAAGAUCCCCAGAUCCACUGAUAAAGGCUCUCUGGUUGCCAAGGUGAUCGCCAUAGACACAGACUCAGUGCACAACUCUCGGAUUACCUACCAGUUUCUCCAGGUGACUGAUGCCACCUUGUUCAGUCUGGACCAAUACAAUGGAGAGAUCAGGACCAUGAGGAUGUUCAGUUACAGAGAUCCACGUCACCAGAGAAUGGUUGUUGUUGCCAAGGACAACGGGGAUCCUGCUCUCUCUGCUACAGUCACCAUCAAGCUGUCCACAGUGGAGACUGCUGUUAAGGCCUACUCUGACAUGACUGAGGAGCGUCUAGAAUAUGACAUCUUUUCAGACUUAAACCUGUAUUUGGUCAUCGGUCUGGGCUCGGUGUCAUUUCUUCUGCUCAUCACCAUAUUGGUCACCAUCGUGCUGAAGUGUCAGAAAACCACACCCAGCAAAGCGGCUCCACCCUGCAGGAACAGUGUGAUCAGUGAGAGGAACUCCACCAUCGCUGAUUCCACUCUGGUGUCCAACGAUGCCUACUGGUACAGUCUGUUUCUAGCAGAGACCAGGAAAGGAAAGCUGGUGGUUAGACAGCCUCUGCCAAAAGGAUCCAGAUACAUCGUGUCCAGUAUACCAAGAAGCACAGGACUGACAGAGACUAGUGACUCUGCUGCCUCCACUCUGCAGGUAAGAUGA